ACCCCAGAAUACGGCACCGGCAGCCGCCUUCCGCCACCGGCCACCGCUGACCACCGGGACUCGAAAAACAGCUUAUCCUCUUCUAUAUUUUAAUCAGUUUAGUUUUUCCUAAAACCCUCUCUUUUUCCUCCUUUCGAAAAAACCUAGAUCGAGCCCAGUCCGCCGGCCCCAGCUUCCUCUUCCUCUGCCUCCCCUGUAUCUUUUCACCGAUUGUUACCUCAAAAUUCACCUCCUUUCUUCACGGAACCUUACAUCCGAAACUUCCUUCACUUGUUCUCUGUCCUUGCGCCGCCUUCACUGCCGCCGUAGGCAGUGAUUCUUUCGUGGACCGAAACUCCCUCCAAAUAUUGGAGUUUUGGAAGAAAUUAUUUGACUGCUAAUUGGUUGGGCAAAAGUUUUAAGGUUUAGACCACGGUGGCCGUAAAGGUGUUCAUAGGUCGGAUUUGAGUUGGCUUAAGGCAAGCUUCAUUCAGGCCCUUACUGUAAAGAGCUUGCCAUUAUUGGCUUCAAAAACAAGAUAUGAGUUUCCUCAAAGGUAUAAUGGACUCUUUAAGCUCAAUCCUGUCAACUAAUGAUAGCUCACCAUAUGAAUCAACAGAAAACCCUAGCUCAUCCACGUAUCAGAACAUGGAGGGAAUAGCUGGAAACGAACGCACUGCAUAUAAGCUCAAAGGAUACUUCGAUUUGGCUAAAGAAGAGAUUGACAAGGCAGUUCGAUCAGAAGAGUGGGGUUUAGUUGAUGACGCUGUAAUUCACUAUAGAAACGCCCAGCGAAUAUUGGUCGAGGCUAGCUCCACUCCAGCACCUUCAUAUAUCAGCUCUAGUGAACAAGAAAAAGUGAAAUCGUAUAGGCAAAAGAUAUCGAAAUGGCAAGGCCAAGUAUCUGAGAGACUACAAGUUUUAAGUCACCGAGUAGGUGGUACAUCCGUGAACAAGAGCACCUCAAUUCAUGCACAAACUGCUGCAGUUUCACCGAGAACAUCAAAUUCUAGGAGAGAUGUGUUGCAAAAGUCUUCCCGUAAUCCAGUGGUGAGAAAUCAAGCAGAUAAAGUUGGAACUUCAAAACCAGCACAAGAAUCUACUAAUGGUUAUGAAUCGAAGUUAAUUGAAAUGAUAAAUACUGCAAUAGUGGAUAGAAGUCCUUCCAUUAAAUGGGAAGAUGUUGCUGGCCUAGAGAAGGCUAAGCAAGCAUUAAUGGAAAUGGUUAUUCUGCCAACUAGAAGACGAGAUUUGUUCACUGGCCUUAGAAGGCCAGCUAGAGGUCUGGUUCUUUUUGGUCCACCUGGUAAUGGGAAGACAAUGCUUGCCAAAGCAGUUGCAUCAGAAUCACAGGCAACAUUCUUCAAUGUUUCUGCAUCCUCUCUAACAUCUAAAUGGGUAGGAGAGGGUGAAAAGCUUGUUCGGACUCUCUUCAUGGUUGCUAUAUCCAAACAGCCUUCUGUAAUUUUUAUGGAUGAAAUUGAUAGUGUCAUGUCAACCAGGUUGGCAAAUGAAAAUGAUGCUAGCAGACGGUUGAAGUCAGAGUUUUUAAUCCAGUUCGAUGGGGUGACCUCCAAUUCUAAUGAUUUAGUAAUUGUCAUUGGUGCCACUAAUAAGCCUCAGGAAUUGGAUGAUGCUGUUCUUAGAAGAUUGGUUAAGAGGAUAUAUGUACCUCUUCCAGAUGAAAAUGUUAGGAGACUUCUUCUAAAACACAAACUCAAGGGUCAAGCAUUUUCCUUACCUGGUCGGGACGUAGAACGACUUGUGAGAGAGACAGAUGGAUAUUCUGGAAGUGAUCUGCAAGCAUUAUGUGAAGAGGCCGCUAUGAUGCCAAUUAGAGAGCUUGGUUCAAAUAUCCUUACUGUCAAGGCAAAUCAGGUGAGACCACUAAGAUAUGAAGACUUUCAGAAGGCAAUGGCUGUUAUUAGGCCCAGCUUAAGCAAAAGCAAAUGGGAAGAACUUGAACGGUGGAACCAGGAGUUUGGCUCUAAUUGAAAUCUGAUUGCUAUAAGCAUUACGCUUUGGUAUGAUUUUUAGCCUUAUUACCAUCGCCGCAUGAAAGAACAGCUUAAGAAGACAAAAUGCAACUCUUAGCACCACCAGUUGUGUAUAAUUCAUACUCACAGCCUGAACAAGGUCAAGAAAGUAUAAGGUUUUUCUGUAAUUCUUUGGCAAUGUGUCUUAAUAAAGUGUCGUUUAUUAUAGACUAAGAUCCACCCUAUCUUACUACCAGAAUCUUCUUACUAUUACUGUAUUUUGUACUGUAAAUGAUUGCUUGUAAUCUUUCCUCCUUUGGAUAUAAUACAAAAGGCAGAUGUUUGCUGUGGUACAAAUCA